UGCAACGGAAAGGUGGUUCCCGCUACUGUGCCAAAACAAAUGGGCUCUAUAGUCCCAAUUUCUGUGUAUCUCGUUUUGAUUGUAUAGAAGUAAAGCAGUAUUAAAAAUUCUACGUUAAUCGUUACAUCGUGUAAGCAACUAGCUCCUCUAAAGUGCGUUCAUUUAGUCGUUCAGUUUUUCUGUGGGAAUUUCCACAGCUCUUGCGCACAAUAUUUCAAUAUAUUUCGAACAUUGAUUGUUAAAGAACUGGAAAGAACUGGUACAAUUCUUUGAAAAUAACAGUUGAGCUGCAAAGAGUAGCCAAGAAAAGUUAGUGUGGGGGAUUGUAAAAUUGCUGAUUGUGAAGAUUUCUUCACCAAAAUCCACAAUUUCAGACAAUCACAAAAAAUGACAGUUAUAGAAGACCCCGAGGCUUUGAUUUCGCGUUUCGGGUGGCCUGACUACUUGGUAUUUGUGGCUAUGCUAUCUGUUUCAGCCAUAAUCGGAAUAUAUUAUGCAUGUGCCGGUGGAAAGCAGAGCACCACGUCUGAAUUUCUGAUGGCUGGAAGGAGCAUGUCGACCUUCCCCGUCGCAAUGUCUUUGAUUGCAAGCUUUAUGUCAGCCAUCACGCUUUUGGGCACACCAGCUGAAGUGUACCAGUUUGGCACGAUGUACUGGCUAAUUGGUAUAUCGUACUUCAUCGUAAUGCCCGCAACGAAUUAUCUCUAUCUCCCCAUAUUUUAUAAGCUCCAAGUCACUUCUGCAUACGAGUAUUUAGAAUUACGUUUCCAUAAAGUGAUCCGGUGCAUGGGUUCAGCAACGUUUACAGUUCAAAUGAGUCUUUAUAUGGCUGUGGUGGUAUAUGCCCCUGCACUGGCUCUUAGCCAAGUGACUGGAAUCAAUGUGUACCUCUCAGUGACAGCCAUUUUCGUUGUAUGCAUUUUCUACACUGUAGUCGGAGGAAUGAAAGCUGUUAUGUGGACUGACACGUUGCAAGUUAUUAUUAUGUAUGGUGCGAUGAUAGCGGUGAUUGCUAAGGGACAUGUUGACGUGGGCGGUUGGUCUGCUGUUUGGAAUGCAAAUCAAGUAACCGGAAGGGUCGAAUUUUCCGAUUUCGAUGUUAACCCCGGAAAACGUCAUUCGGUUUGGUCUUUGGUUGUUGGAGGAUACUUCACGUGGAUUACGAUUUACGGAGUUAAUCAGUCUCAAGUGCAACGUUAUUUGACAGUUUCGACCAUCAAGCAAGCUAGAAAUGCUGUAUGGAUCAACCUUGUUGGAUUAUCCGUCCUCCUUUCGGUUUGUUGUUAUGGAGGCAUGGUCAUUUUUGCUAAAUAUGCCGAUUGCGAUCCUCUCUCUGCCAAGUACGUCAGUAAGCCGGAUCAGCUGUUUCCCUUAUUUGUGAUGGACACGUUGGGUCACAUACCCGGUGUUCCUGGUCUGUUUGUUGCCGGAAUCUUCAGCGGUGCUUUAAGUACUGUUUCUAGCGGAUUAAACUCUUUGGCGGCUAUUUGCUUGGAAGAUUUUGUAAAACCCUUUUGUUGCGUGGGCAUGACUGAUGAACGCGCCACUAAAGUAUCUAAAGGGUUGGCAAUCGGAUUUGGACUUCUUUGUUUUGGACUGGUUUUUGUUGCGGCUCAACUUGGCAAUGUCCUUGAAGCUGCUUUGAGUAUUUUUGGGAUCAUUGGCGGACCUCUUCUGGGAGUCUUCACUUUAGGCAUCUUCUUCCCUUGGGCGAACUCUGUUGGAGCCGGGGUAGGCGUAAUAGCCAGUUUGAGUUUAAUGCUGUGGAUUGGUGUUGGAACGCAAGUUGUCAAAGCGCAGGGUUUUCUUAAGUUAACAAGCAAGGUCUAUUCUACUGAAGGAUGUCGUUCACUGAACGACACUCUAACUACCACAUUAGUGGGAUUGAACGGCUUAGUUUCGUCAACAACUGCGUCAUCCGUGACGCAAACUAGUUCUGCAGAAGAACCCCUUGGACUGUAUCAACUUUCAUACAUGUGGUACUCAACUGUUGGUUGUUGUACAGUCAUCGUCGUUGGCUUAAUUGUCAGUGCCCUAACCGGAUUUCAGGAUCCCCGGAAACUUAAUCCAGGACUCGUUUGCAACACUGGAAACACCAUUUAUUGGUUCAUGCCAAAGAAUAUUAGAGAAUACCUACGAUUUGAAGUCGGAGAUGAUUAUGAAUUAAGCGAAGAGCCGUAUGAAAUAUGUAAGCAACCGGUUUCGAAUUUACAAGAAGACGAAAGCAACCCAACGUUCGCGUCGAGUGAUGCACAUUUACCGAGCAAGCUUACUGAUAAUGACGAUGCAACGAAACUAUGAUAUACUCUUUCGCUUAUAUAUGACUCAACACGCCUCGCGGACACCAGAGAUGAAAAAUGUGAGAACGUUGGCUUUCGUCUGUGAAACCAAUUAUUUCAUCGAUUGCUGGUUUUUGAUUGUACAAACACGCAAUUAGUGCCGU